AUAUUAUAUUUAUAACAUUGACUAUAAUCUAUUAAUGAAAAGUGUAACUUUUUUGGUAACCUGUAAAACCAAUUUGCUGGUUACAACAUAAUUUUACAUAUUAAGAUUGUCUCUUUUUACAGAUUUAACCUGAGGGGAGCGGACUUCACUACACUGACUGCACUAUAUACAGUACGCACACACCCCCACUUUCUAACAGAGGAGAGACCGUGUAUCAAAAUAUCACCUAAAUUGAAAUAAUAUACCCAAAUUCAUAUUACUAAUGAUUAAAGUUUAGAUAUAUAAUAGGUGGUUGAUAGUAUCAAAACUAUCGUGUAAUGAGGAUAGAGAUAAGUUAAAAAGAAAUGCUUACUGAGAAUCAACGAAUAUUCAUCUCAUUCACCUUAUUUGGGUUAUUAAAUAAUAUCUUAUAUGUGGUUAUCCUUUCAGCUGCUAUAGAUCUUGUAGGAGCUUCAACUCCGAAAGGGAUUGUAUUAUUGGCUGAUGUCAUCCCAUCAUUUGCAUUCAAGCUUAUGGCGCCGUUUUUCAUUCAUAAAUUCCCUUAUGUUUCAAGAAUGUGGACUAUCUUGGCUAUAUCUACUUCAGGUAUGCUUUUAAUUAGUUUAACUCCUGCUUCAUCAAAAGUAUCAAAGAUUGUUGGGAUUGCGGUGGCAUCUUUUUCAUCAGGAAUUGGAGAAGUGACAUUCUUACAAUUAACUCAUUUUUAUCAUGAAGAAUCAUCAAUUGGAGGAUUUUCAACCGGAACUGGAGCUGCAGGAUUAUUAGGAAGUUUUUUAUUUUUAUUCAUGACAACUAUAUUAGGGAUUGAAGUAUGGAUUAGUUUAUUAAUCUUUGCUAUUGUCCCUACUGGAUUCUUAUUUACUUAUUAUUUGAUUUUACCAUCUCCAGAUUUGAUUGUUGAUCAAUAUGAACCAAUUCAUACUGAUGAAGAAGAACAAAUUGAAAUUCAAUCUCAAGAACAAGAAUUAAGAAGUUCAUUUGAUUUUGAAAAACGUCCUUGGUAUAAUAAAGCAAUCUAUCAUGUUUAUGAUACCUUUAAAGAUAUUAAACCUUUAAUACGUCCUUAUAUGUUACCAUUAUUAUUGGUUUAUAUUUCAGAAUAUACUAUAAAUCAAGGUAUAGCCCCCACAUUAUUAUUCCCUUUGGAUGAUUUACCUCAUUGGUUAUUUGGAAGUUAUAGAGAUAUCUAUGUGGUUUAUGGAUUUGUUUAUCAAUUAGGAGUAUUUAUAUCGAGAACAUCAAUUAAUUUUGGAAUUCGAUUUCGUCAAUUAUAUUGGAUGGCAGUAUUACAAUUUUUAAAUGUUAUAAUUACAUUGUAUCAAUCAAUUUAUUUUGAUUUCCCAUUUCCAAGUGUUUGGUUUAUCAUAAUACUUACAUUUUAUGAAGGAUUAUUAGGAGGAUUACUGUAUACCAAUACAUUUAUGUCAGUUAGUGAAACUGUUCCCAAAAAUAAACGAGAAUUUAGUAUGGGAAGUGUUAGUUUAAGUGAUAGUGCGGGAGUGGUUAUAGCGGGAUUGCUUAAUUUAUGGUUAGAAAUGCAAUUAUGUAGUAUUCAAGUAUCAAAGGGACGAGAUUGGUGUUUAACGGGGUGAUGGUUAAUCUUUCAAGAUUAAGGACGACCUAGUUCUGUAUAGAGAGAGAUAGUUAUAGAUAGCAACGAUUGAUGAUAAAUGAACUAAGCCAAACCAUUUUAUUUAAUAUAUACUCCGUAGAAUAAUUUAAUUCAUAACCGUUGCCGAGGAACACAAUGUAAUAAUCUCAUCAUCUUUUUUGACGUAAAAAAAAAGUCAACCUUAAACACGCCGGGGGUAGGAAGGACGGUAUUAUUUUUAGACAAUUCACUGUCUCCCUAGAUGAACUGAAUCAUCAAUCACUAACUAUUACUCUACUCUCCUCCACCCCCUCGUGUUUAAUGACAUUUUUGUUUGAAUUUUGUGUAUCUAUUGUGGUAUCCAUAGGGAGUCUUCCUUACAUUAGUUAACUUCUGCUCACUAAAAUUAGGGAGAGAAAAAAAAGGG